AUGACGCAAUUGUCACCAAACACAAACGCAUUUCAACACCCAGAAAAUCACCAAUAUUUUGUCCAAGAACCGCUUGGAAAACGUCCAUUUCCUGUCGAAUUUGAAUACGUGAGUUUUUUUGGUUGAAAAUUUGGAAAACCAGUUCCGAUGAAAACUUUUAUUGGAGGUUUUUUUUUUAAAUUCAUGUUUACUGGUACAUUUUGAUCCAGGAUUAUGUCGCUAAAAAUUGCAAAGCUCAGCUGAAAAUGAGUUAUGACAUGGCAAACUUUGAAAUUUUUGAAAAAUCAUGGAAUUACAAGGGAGAUUUCUUCUUUUCGACAAAAAUCGAGAAAUUUGAUGUUCUUUAUGUCCGAAAACUGAAAAUUUCGAUUUUCGCCCAGAAUAUCCAAAUAAUGUAGCUUUUUUAUGCAAAAAGCUCGAAUUUUCAUGGAGUUUUCCCCCUAAAAAUUUCAAUUUUCAAAUUGCCACGUCAUAAGUGAAUGUCUUCUUGUUUUUCACCUGAAAUGUUCAUUUUCAGAAACUUUAAGUUUUUUUUGACUAAAAAAAUCUAAUUUUUCAAAAACAAAAAAAAAUACGUUUCCAACUUUUGAUAUAAUUUUUUAUCGAAUUUUUUUUUCAAUUCAUCCUCCAAAACGAAUGCAGAAUAAAUCGAGACCAGAAUUUCAAAAGUGGAAAAUUCUGAAAUUAUAGAUUUUCGGAUCAAAAUUUUAAAAAUUGUAAAUAUUCCCAAUCCAGUUGAAAAAACCUUAAUUUAUGAAAAUAGUUAUAACCUCGUAGUAGUUAUAGCCUCGUAAUGAUUUUUCGAAAUUUUCAAACUUCGCCAUGUCAUAUCUCAUUUUCAAUAUUGAGCUUUCCAAAUAAUUUUCAACAUCUACCAGAAUACAUACAAAAUACUUCCUGUACAAAUUGAAACUGUUCCUUUGUUAGAUUAGACCUAAUCAAGUCACAUUUCAUCGAUUUCUGAACUUUUUUCACUUUUUUGUUAAGGAGGUAACGCCCUCUUGAAGAAAACAUUUCUGUGAUAAAUUAGAAAACAUACAUUUAUAUUAAAUUUUGAGCGAACUGAAUCAUUUUGUGACAUAUUCAUGAAAUUAUAAAUAAAUAAAUACUCUGAAAAAGAACAGAUGUUUCGAAGAAAAAGUGUAUUCUAUUUUCCACUCACAAAAUGUAGUUAUUCUUAUUGUUUUGCUCGCCUUUUUCGAUGACUUUACAAAUAUUGACUGUUUUAUUGAUUUCUCUUUUUCUUAUUGUUUUUGAGUCAUGAGUGCUGUUGUGUUCAUAUCAAAUUGUUUUUUAAAAAUAUUUUAAACAUGGUUAAUUUUUGGACGGUUCAGAAUUUGACUCGUGAUAACAUUUUCAUUAAUAUUUUUCUUUCAAAUUUCGAAUUCAAACAUCGCGGGCUACCGUACUUUGCAUAGCUAACUUGAUUUUGUUUCCAAAAAGUUCAGCUAGCGAGUCUAAAGUUAGACCUGAAGCUUACCAUUAGUUCUAAACAAUUAGUCAGGUCUAAUGUUUUCCUUCAUCCUACUUGUAAGCUCAAAAUUAUCAAGCUAGGCAUAAUGAUGAUCUUCAAAAUCGGUUCUUCCCACGUUUGGCCGGGACAAACUAACCCUACUUGUAAUCUUCAAAUAGCCUGAAGUACCUAGAAAAAUUACCUUAAAAUGUUAGAUCUAAGUCAAGAUUACCUUAAAAACCUAACAAUACGAUGUGUAAACCUCAGAUUAUCGAGGCUAAGCGAAACUAUAGCCUAAAUUACUUAGAAACCCUUAAUUAAUUUGAUAACCAUAAGUUUGGCCAAAUUGUAAGCCUAAUGAUAGCUCGAUUUUUCAAACAAAAAAGAAGUUUCAAAACAUAUAAGAAAUCAUAGGACUGGUUCUGUUUUUCGAGUGCGUCAUUCUUGUUUACUCGUUCAGACGUUUUUUCUUAUUCUUUUGCAUGUCAAGAUAUAAUUCCCUAUUCGAUUUAUUUUUCUCCAGAUGUCCUUUUUCUGUUUUCCGAUAAGCAGUCAUUUUCGCUAACUAACUGUAUGUAUUAAGUAGCCUUGGCAACAAGAGAAUAUUCCUCAUUUGCCACCUACUCGCCUUUUUCCUCUCUUUCUCUGCACUCUCUUUUAUCUACAUUGUCUCUCGUAGUGUGUAUUAGAGAAAGAAGAGAGGACGGCGGUUGUAUUUUCAUUUAAUUCUGCUUUCCUUUUUUUCUUCAAACAAAGUGUUCACUUUUAUCAUAGAUUUUUAUUUUGAAUAAAUAAUAUUUCAUUUCACGGUGUAAUAUGCCAGGCUUCUGACUUUUGUCGAUGAACAUUAUCUAGUUAUUUCAGUAUUUUAGGCCUCUGGUCUUCAAAAAAUGCGGGAAAAUCUGGGGUAGUAAAAUUAUUUCAAUGUAUUUUUUCUCUAGUUUUCAAUUUACAGUCACAAAAUUUCUCUAGUUUACAUUUUCUAGUCCCAAAAUUCAUAUAUCUUUCUUUUUUUGCAGGAUAUGGAAUAUGUUCCACGCUCGAAACGUCGCUUUGACAAAAUCAGCUCGUGUUUGGAGAAUUUUUCGAUUUCCAACGACACUCCGAACUCCAUUCCACUGUAAGUUUUUAUUUUUCAAAUUUUGAAUGAAUCCGCGGAAAAUACCAUCUAAUGAGAUCGAUUUUAAAAAUUCAUGUUCGCUGGAGCGCAUUUGACCGAAAAACUUCGAUAUUUUCUUAAAAUCGAGUAUUCGGGGAGCUUUUCAAGUUGAUACGUCAUAACUCAAUCGUGAUCAAAGCUACAAAAUAAAUUAAUUUUUCCGGAAACUGGAAUUCAGUAUAAAAUGAGUUAUGACGUGGCGAACUUGAGAAUAAUUUAGACUCUGGGAUUAAAAAUUGAUGAUAUUUAGAGAAUUCCAAUUGAAAACGUGGUCCUACACUUUGGAAACCUUCCCCCAAAAUUCAAUUUUUGCAGAGAUUCUUCAUCCGAAGAUGAUGAGAUGGAAGAAAUCUUCGAACCAAUUCAAUCAACAUCUUCUCCUUCCUCCGAAGAACCAUUCAUUAUUGAACCGGAAGACGAUGAACCAGCAACAGCCAAAAAAAUCAGAUUAGACGAAUCACUUCAAAGAUAUUUGAGAAAUGCUCGAGAAUAUGAUGAUUUGAUGUUUUUGCCGAAAAAAGAAGCAUUGAGAGGAGAUGAGAUAACUUUGUGGCAGCCCAAAAUUCUCAUUUCACCUCGAAAUGAUUUCAAUAUGACUGGAAGAAUUACGGAGAUUGAUGAGGAAGAAGAAGAACGAGUUGAAAAUGAGAUCAAGGAUAGAAUUAUUGAAAAUGAAGGAAUGUUGGAUGAAGAUCUACCGAUACAAAAUUGCGGAAUUGUUGAACUCGAUGAAGAUGUUAGUGAACCAUCUUCUUGGAAUUCAUCACCAAUUCCAAGUCCACCAAGUUCUCAAAUUGUUGAAUUGGAUGAAGAAUCACGGGAUACUAUUUUGACAACACCGACAAGUUUAACAAAUGGAAGUGUUAGCGAUGAUUAUUUGGAGGAUAUGGAAUUUGAUUAG